AUUUUGUCUAUUCUUUUUUUCUUUUUUAUUAUUUGUAACAAAUAAUAUGCUGAAUCCUGACGCUACAGAAUUCAAGCCAGUUUCCUCACUAGAGAAUCUCACUAGUUCCAAAAAGAUCAAUAGUCAUCACAACAAUAGUGGAAAAUAUGUCAACAAUACUAGUCAAUCCUCCGUACAACAGGCUCCUUCAAAACCUAAUCGCAGCCAACAAACUAAAAAGAAAAACGUCUCAAGUGCACCGUCCACUAAUCAACAAAAGUCACUAGGCACCACACUCAAAACAACAGCAACAGUCAAUAUUCAAAAUGCAAAUCAACGUAAUAAGUCAAUCUCUUCUGGAAGUCAACAACGACAUGAUAAACCAUCUCGACGAAAACAACAACAACGUCAAAGAGGAUCACAUGAACAACCCACUGACUCUUUAGAUUCGAUUGAACAGCAACCACCUACAAGUUUCAUUACUCUUGACCAUACUAUUGAUCCUGUUCAUAUCGUCACUAAUACACUCCUCUUCAAGAAUACGGUGGUUCAUGGUUAUGAUCGCUAUGUGGCAUGGGUAGAACGAUGUCUUCAAACAUAUCCGGUGGUGACAAUGGUGGGUAUGGAUCCUGUUUUGGCCGAUUUGAUCUCGUUGGUGAUCAUCAUCCAACAGAAAGGUAUUGGAUUUUAUCAUGAGUUAGAAACUUUUUCGAUUCAAGAAGGUGGAAGACAACCUACAAGUGGUAUACAAGUCAAAUUACAUAGAAAUUAGAUUCAGUAGAUUUAGAAUCAAAUGAUACCCGUCCUAUUUUUUUUAUAUGUAUUAUUAAUAAACCAUUGUGAUAUACGAU